AAAUUUAAAUAUAUUUAUAAUUAUUUUGUGGGUCUGAAGUUUUCUGCUGUAUCGACGCUUGUACGAGAGACUGAACAAGGAUCAGCUGAUAGCAGUCACGUUGUCAAUAUGACUGAAGAACUGUCAGGAGUGACAAUUGUUGUGUUCAUAGCCGCUGGUGUACUGACUUUUUUACUUCUAUUUAUAUUUGCCAAGCGUCAGAUUAUGAGAUUCGCACUGAGAUCUAGACGAGGUCCUCACAUUCCCAUUGGACAUGACGCCAAAAAAUCUUUAAAAAGAGAAAUUGAAAGAAGAAUCCAAGUAAUUCCUAGAAUACAAUAUGAGCCGCAAUUGAUAAGCGACCCGAGGUAUAUCAUGGAACCAGGAAGUCAAGUACCACCUCAUUAUUAUCGUUUGAAAGCCGUCGAUGAUGUUAAGACACUUGAAUCAGAAAUAACAAAAUAUGACAGUUGUUUAAAACGUCAUCCGACUGAAAACUUGCGCGCUUAUUUACUGACAACAUUAGCGGCUGCAUUGAACGGCAGCGGACAGCGAAUGAUUCAUCAGUUUUGUGAUUUGUAUGAACAUGCGAGACAUGAUCCGACUGAGUUUACUGAUGAGGAGUAUCAAGUUUAUUCUCGAUUGCACUUGAAACUUAUUGACGCGGCGCGGUUAUUAAAAUCGUAUCCCAGCAGUAGAAAGUCGAGCCCGAGUCGGACGCCGAUCAAAAAAAAUGUCGAUACGAAGAGAAAUAUUUUGGAGCCGCGAAUGAGGCCACCAGAGGAACAAGUGCUCAGCGGAUCCCGGCCAAAUACUUUGACAGUGAUGGCGCUGGACAAUACGGAGACGUCCGUCUAGCAUUAUGAGUAUCGUCACAUACAACAUAUGUGACGAGAUUGUAAUAAAAAUAAUUGUUUUAUUUUAUUUAAUUAAAUUAUAAGUUUAGAUGUAAGUUACUGAGUAAGGACGCACAAUAUUAAACACUAUUUUAAUUUUUAAAAAUGAUAUAUUCAUUUUGACAAUUGGAUCGGGCUUUUAAUAGACAAGUACUUGGUCCACAAGUCAUCGAGAUGCCGCUGUCCUUUCAGUGACACGAGUGUGUUGUGAAAAACAAUUUUAUACGACGUAGGCAGUGUACUAGUCCUCAUAAAGUUCAGCCACUCCAUAGUCUGCAAUAAUUGUAGUUAUGAUAAUUAAAUUACUGUAAAUUAAACUGAUAAAUAUCAAAAAGUGGGACUGCGUAUAUUUUUACAGAAAAAUUUUGUUACGUUAUUAAUUUUUUUUUUUUUUUAACCAAGAAUUUUAAUUUUAAUUUUUUGAUGAUGAUCCUGAAGUUUGCAGACAAUUAAAAAGUUUAUAAUUAUAUUUUGAACAAUUAAAUUUAAAGAAAAAAAUAGACUGAAAAAAUGCACAUGUAGAAAAUUAAAAAGACUAUAAGUGCAAUUUUUUCAAAUAUUUUUUUUUUUUAUAAUUUGCGUCUUUUAAAAAAUCAAAAAAUUAUUAGAUGUCGGCUAACUUUAGUAUCAUUUUUUAUGACAAUGAAGUUAACAGACAAUUAACAAUUUAUGGAUUUUUUUUUCGAUAAACCAAUAACAAAAAAAUAAAAAAUAAAAAUAUGCACAUGUAGGAAAUAUUGAAUACUGCAGAUACAAUUUUUUCAAAUUUUUUUUAAAAAUAAUUUAUCGUUUGAAAAAAAUCUAAAAAAUAUUAGACGUCGGCUAACUUUACUAUUAUUUUUUGUUGAAUUGAUUGAAGGGAUAAAAAAAAAUUUCAUGUCUACAUUGAAACUGAGUUCAAUAUUUUUAAAAUUUAUCGUCGUCUUAAAGUAACGAUGCAUUUAAUUUUAAUUAAAAAAAAAAAAAAGUAAUUUUUUUAAUUUAAAAACUAAAAAAUUUACGGUCGUCUUGAACUAACAUGAUACUGAAGUUCGCUGACGUUUAAUAAUUUUUGAAAUUUUCCCAAAACGAUCAAUUAUAAAAAAAAAAAAAUAUUUUUAAAAAUUGCACCGGUAGUUUUAUUAAUUUUCUACAUGUGCAUAUUUUUAGUUUUUUUUUUCUUGCAAUUGAUUUGUUACAGAAAAAUUCGAAAAUUUUUAAUUGUCUUCUAACUUCAGGAUCAUGAAUUAACGAUGUAAUUAAUGUUGAUUUUAAAAAAUUGAUUAUUAUUUUUUAUUGAAUUAAUUGAAGGGAUAAAAAAAAAUUUCAUAUCUGCAUUGAAAUUUAAAAAAUCCUGUCCAUUUCUCCGGCUAGAAACCAUCAGUUAUUUUCUAGACCAAAAAAGUCCUGCCCGCUAAAUAAAUUUCUUUCAUUUCACUCUCUCUCUAAGUUCCAAUGCAGAUAACUAUGAAAAAUAUAGAAAAUCACACGAAAUAGACAACAAUUUUAAACUAGGUCUGACAGAAGUCCUUUAGUCCUUUGCAAUACAAAAUAUUAAAAUUUCUUGACCCACUUCUCGAUAUUUACCAUAAAUUAAAAUAAGAUAUCAUAUUAUUUAUAUAUAACAUGUAGUUAUUAGUGAAUACCAAUUAUUUAAAAUGCACGUGUAAAUAUUGUGUACCUGUUGG